GGUGAGGAACAACUUGUGUAGCCAUGGUUACGGGUCUUUAAACUAACAUGGUCUAUUUCCGAUAUUUAAAAUUUUCUUCCUAUCGUUGCUGCCAACGGAUCGUUCAGAAAAUGUCUUCUACCAACGCGCUUCCGGAUACCUUCGUUGAAGGCUUUCACGAUGAGCAGUUUGUGAAACGUAUGGAAUAUGUUCCGUUCGGUCGAACGGGACUGAAAGUGUCGAAGAUAUCCCUUGGUACUGGAACACUUAGUCAACUGUACGGGGAUCUGGAUGAAACGGAAGGUAUAGCAGCGGUUCAGCUGGCGGUACGACGCGGUAUAAACUACAUCGAUACGGCACCCUUCUACGGCCAGGGUCGCUCGGAAGAGGUUCUUGGCAAGGCGCUGAGAACGAUUCCUCGUGGUGCUUACUACGUGGCCACGAAAGUCGCACGCUACGAACGGGACUUUGAGCGGAUGUUUGAUUAUUCUGCGAAGAAAACCCGGGAAAGCGUUGACAAAAGUCUCAAGCUACUUGGAGUGGACUACAUCGAUGUAGUCCAAAUCCACGACAUCGAGUUUGCGCCCAACCUGGAGGUGGUACUGCAGGAAACGCUACCCACACUAGAAGCGCUACGCAAAGAGGGAAAAAUAAAAUACAUCGGUGUGUCCGCCUAUCCGAUGGACAUCCUGAAGCAGGCCAUCUCGGAAGUACCCGGACGGUUCGACACCGUUCUAUGCUAUUCCCGAAACACUCUGUUCGAUGAUUCGUUGAAAGAUUUUCUGCCUUUCUUUUUGGAAAAUCGACUAGCUGUCAUUUGUGCCUCCGGACAUGCCAUGGGUCUGCUGACGAACGCUGGCCCUCAACCGUGGCAUCCGGCGCACGAGCAAACGAAAGUCGUCUGCCGGGAAGCGGCAGAGUACUGCCGACAGAAUGGUGUAGAACUUGGUAAGCUGGCGAUGCAUCACUUCAUCCAACUGGCUGGACCUUCGACAUUCCUCAGUGGAAUGCAAACGCAACAGCUAGUGACCAUUAAUCUGGACGCUUUCUUCUCCGGCCUAACGGUAAAGGAGGCGGAAGUGAUAGCCUAUCUGAAGGAAAGCGUGUUUACGAAGAUAGAGAAAACUCACUGGGAAGGCGUUGAGGUGGAAAUUGUCCGAGCGGCUUUAAAAGGCGUCACAAAAUGAUCCAACUGUUCGUGUUUGAUAAUAAAAAUACAUUCAUCAAAAACC